AUGUAUGCCGUAAGGUUUUUGAAUUUCUUCAUUUCUGGCAUAAAACAAGAAGUACUACGCCCUUGUUACUUAAAGCAAAAUAAUUGGUUAUAUUUUUCAAAAAAUCUUAGAAACUAUUGCUCGAAAAAUUCUCGUAACUUAGGAAUAAAAGGAAUAAAACGUCGAAAACAGGAAAAUGAAAAGUUUUCAUCUAAAUGUGAAGAAGUUGAGGAUGAUGAUUUGAGCAUUGAAGAUAGUGAAUAUGAUGUUUUAGCUAAUUUAUCUAUGAAUGUUCUACGAAACACAGACUUUGAAAAUGUUUUAGUUAUCCAACCUUAUGAAAAAAGAAAUAAAAUGGAAUCUAAACCUAAUUUACAAUUAUUAGAAGCUGAAUCUCUAAUAAAAUCUCUGCCACACUGGAGUGUUAGCCAUAGUUUAAUUGUACCUUUAGAAACACUAGAAAAAAAGCAAUUAUUCGGUAAAGGAAAAUUGGAAGAGUUAAAAAUCUUAUUGAAACAGCUCAAUUCAUUAAAAAGGGUAACCCGUGUAUUCAUUAGCAAAGGAACUUUAACAUUUGCACAAAAGAAGUUUUUAGAAAAUGAAUUUCAAACGUCAGUUAUGGAUCGUUAUUCAGUUGUAAUUCAAAUCUUAAGAUUACAUGCAAAAAGUAGAGAUGCAAAACUUCAAGUUGCUAUGGCAGAAAUUCCUUACAUUUGGAGUAAAUAUAAAGAAACAAAUCCAUCAACCUCAAGAAAACAAGGUUUUUAUUUGAAUGACUUUCAAAAAGAAAUUUUAAGAAAGAGGCAGCAAAAGUUGAAGCUCGAACUCGAAAAAAUAAGAUCUCAUAGAAAAUUACUACGUAAUAAACGACAGCAAAAGGAAUUUCCGAUUAUUGCCGUAGUUGGGUAUACAAAUGCUGGCAAAACUUCACUUAUAAAAUCAUUAACAAAUGAAGAAAGUAUGCAGCCACGAAAUCAAUUAUUUGCAACGCUUGAUGUUACAGCUCAUGCUGGAUUUCUUCCUUGCAAAUUAGAGGUUAUUUACAUUGAUACUGUUGGUUUUAUGUCAGAUAUUCCAACAGGUUUAAUAGAAUGUUUUGUGGCAACUUUAGAGGAUGCUAUGCUAGCUGAUAUUAUUAUCCAUGUUCAAGAUCUUUCACAUGAUAAUUUUAUUCAACAAAAGCAACAUGUUGAAAAAACUUUACAAGUUUUAACUUCACAAAUAAAUCAGGUUCAUAACAGAGCAAUUUCUCCGGAACGAAUUAUAAAUGUUGGAACUAAAAUUGAUUUAAUACAAAGAAUGCCAGAAAACCUCAGUGAAAAUUUAAAACCGGUUUCCACAAAAACCUUAACCGGCAUACCUCAAUUAUUAAACGAAAUUGAAUCAAAAAUCUUAAAAGUUACAAAUAGAAAAAAAUUGACAAUAAAAGUUAAAAACGGCGGAGAACAAAUGGCUUGGCUGUACAAAAAUUGUGCCGUCACAGAUACUUGUGCUGAUCCCCAGGAUCAAGAGUUUUUGUUUAUGAAUGUAAUUAUAUCCAGCACGAAUUUAGAAAUUUUCAAAUAUAAACUACUUAAAAAUAAAAAAUAAAAAUCUAAAUUAUAUCUAUAAAAAGAA